ACAUAAUACAUUGGUAACAAGUAAUAACUGACUUGAAGUUAGCUGAAAUAUGUUUUCAUAUGUGUUUGCACUUUAAUUAAAAUAAAUAUACAAUCGGAAGAAAUUAAGUGAAAGAAGAAACGAUGAGUUCCUUAAUAUUUUCUUUACCGGAAUUUUAUACAGCUUACAAAAGAUGGGUGAGUCAGAAUCCACUGAAAGCCAGCGACUACGAAAUGACAACAAAGUGGAUUAGCUACUUUUUAGCAGGCAGAAUUAACAAUUCACAUAUUCUAUCAGAAUUGGUGUACUGUUUAUCAAAUUUAUUGGUUCUUUUUAAUGAUAGGCUCAUCUCUGAUGCACAAAAAUUGGAAAUUCCAUCAAGUGGUGAUCAGCUGAAAUUAUGGCUGACAGUUUUAGAAUAUUGUGAAGUUUUCUUGGAGCUCUCUGUAAAGAAAUUAUGGGGUACUUCUGCUAAAUGGAUCCUAGUUGUUUCUGUUCAACUUUUCAAGUGCAUUGGAAGAUUGAUGCUGGUUUAUCAUCAUAAAGAAAAUAUAAUCCAGCAACCUCCAAUUCCUCCAUUGUAUAGGAGAGAUAUGAAAAAGGCUGAACAAGAAAAUGGGGUUGCAGAAUUAGCUCAGGCUCAAUUAGAUUCAAUUUCAUUCAAUUUGAAGCGAUCAGGGAAAACAAUCAGGAAAAUAGAUGCCUCUCCACCAGUUGGUUCAAGGAACUGGAAGCCUAUUGAAAGGGCUCUUUUCGACAAUGAGCAGACAAUAGAACAAUCGCUUGCUGGGCAGCAGUUAAUUGCUGAAAGCAUUUACAUUUUAAAGCCGAUGGUACAUUUAGCUUCAAUGGCCUGCUUUGGGACACAAACAUGGAAACCUUGGGCCAUUUCACUGAUUUUGGAUGCGAGCAGUUUACAUUUGUAUAAUAAAGGGAAUAAAAAGCAGGAUUCUUUGACUAAGAAGCAAAAAAUGCAAUUGUCUAGGAGGUAUGUUGGUCUCUUGAUGUAUCUGCUCAGAUCGCCUUUCUACGAGAAACAAAGCAAGAAGCGUAUCGAGGCUCUGCUUAAUGCACUAAGCAAAAGCGUUCCGUUUGCUUCGAUGAUCUGUUUGCCACUUAACAAAUAUUUACCAUUCUGGCAAAGUAAUUAUUUCUACUUGUGGUCCAAUUGAAUCAGUACUUGACUUUUAAUAAAUGAAAAUAAUACAAGAUUUACUAAACUGGGUGAUAUAGCGGUGAUAUAAGUAUCAAAUAUAUUUUUAUCUGGAAA